AAAAAAAUGAAACUGAUGAGUAUCUAAAACAGCAGUUAAUUAUUCACCAAUCUCAGUUAGAAAGUGGUCAAAAAAGAACAAAAGAACUAAAGGAGGAUUUAGAUAAAAUGAGAAAAGAACUAUUAGGGGGAGGAACUAAUUUAAUGAAUUUAUUAGGCUUAGAUAAAUUAAAAACUACUGAUAAGAUUAUGAUUAUUGAUCUAAAAACCAAACUCGGCGAAACUACUGAGCAAUUAGAAAACAAAGUAAAAGAAUUUAGCCCUUAUUACACUAAUUUAGAACCUUACCAAAGAGGCUUAAUUUUAAUUGGCUUAACUCUUUUUCUUAUUUUAGUUAUCUACUGGCUAACUAAAUCAGAUAAGAAA